AUGAGCUUUAUGCGGGCAAUCCGGAGAGGUCGAUUCUCUGUUGUACUGUCCGUUGCUGCUUUGUCCGUCUGGUUCUUGACCAGCCGAUUCGACUUGGUGCAAAGGGUAUCCCGAAUCGAUGAGACACCCACGGGGUACUCUUACAACAUCAACGAGCAUAUUGGGUUUUGGACCGAAUUCCAGCCGCUACUACUCGCAUUUGAACCACAAUGUAGACCCCCACAGCGUCUUGGAGAUGCUACCGCAACCCGAUUCUCCAUGUCCGAACCGGUUCCUCGGCCGGAGCUUCUCAAGAUGUCCUCACGAGAGGUACUUCACAUGAAAAGUGCUCACAGCGACUUUGUGAAUGCAAUCAACACGAGUCCACCUCACCUCAACUACACUGAAGGGACAAGAGGGCUGGUCACAACUGCAGGAGGUGCCUAUCUCCCCGUUUUAGUCAUUUCGCUACGCAUGCUGCGUCGCACAGGAUCCAAGCUGCCGGUCGAGGUUUUCCUUGCCACACAUGAAGAAUACGAGGAGAAGAUAUGUGACAAGGUUCUUCCGUCGCUGGACGCCAAGUGCAUUGUCAUGACAGACAUCCUGGACGCUGUUCCUGGAAUUGUCAAGAUCGAAAAGUAUCAACUCAAGCCAUUCGCCAUGCUCUUCUCCUCCUUCGAGGAGAUCCUGUUUCUCGAUGCGGACGCCUUUCCUUUGUCAAGGCCCGAGUCCAUAUUCGAGAACGAGCCCUUCAAGAGCACAAAGAUGGUGACAUGGCCUGAUUUCUGGGCUUCUUCCGCUUCUCCGUUAUACUACGAGAUCUCAUCGCAAGACGUCGAGCCCACGACUAUUCGACAAUCCACAGAGUCGGGAGAGUUGCUCAUCUCCAAAACAAGUCACUUGAAAACCCUCUUACUCUCUACAUACUACAAUUUCUGGGGACCUUCGCAUUACUAUCGACUCUUCUCGCAGGGUGCACCCGGCGAAGGCGACAAAGAGACCUUCGUCAGUGCCGCAGCUGCGCUUGGCGAGCCAUUUUACCAAGUCAGCGAACCGCUAUGCGCGAUGGGCCAUCGUACUGAAGGUGGGUUGGCAGGAUCCGCGAUGGUACAAUUCAAUCCUCGUGAGGACUACAGACUUACCCAAGGCGGGCAAUGGCGCGUGAAUGGGUCUCAGGCAGCCGCACCCAGUGCGUUCUUCAUUCAUGCGAAUUUCCCCAAGUUCAACCCCGCAACCAUUUUCCUGAACAUGAGCAAUGUCAAGCCAGUCUUCAAUGAUGAUGGCUCUUUUACAAGGGCAUGGACGAUCCCGGAAGAGACGAUCGAGUCCUUUGGCCGCGAUGUGGAGAAACAGUUCUGGGCAGACAUCAUGUGGACUGCUUGUGAACUCGAAUCUGAAUUUGAAAGCUGGAGGGAUACGCAAGGGAUCUGUGAGGGGGUCAAAAAGUAUUGGGAAUCUCAAUUUGGAUCAGAGAAUCCAGCCGAGGCAUAG